UUUGAGCUGUUUUUUGGAGUAUGGAAGAACAAGAAACUAUGAACAAAACAUUGCCACUUGCUAAGAAGCAGAAAAUUAAUGACAGUGAAUAUCGUUUAGUAGAUUUAAACGUUGAUACAAUUAGUUUAAACUUGACAAAGCAUUGUCUAUGUCAAUUACCCGAGACAUGCAUGCUAAAAGAAGUUUUUAGGGUCUCAAAUGUCAGUAGUUGGAGUAAAGAUCGACUUUUAAAUUUUUUGAGUUCAGCUCGAUUAACUUGUGACAUCGCCCUCAAACAACAAUCAGAAGGCACUAUAUGCACUAGUGUUGAACGGUUAAGCAAUUACUUAAUUUCUAAUAAAACAGGUAUUGUUAACGAAGUUGUAUCUUUACUUACACGAACAGACCCUUACAUAUCAUACGCAGCAAGUAAUGCUUUAGCAGAAAUAUUUGUGUGUUCGCAAAAUAAAAUAGACAAUGUAUGGAUAGAAGAGUUAACAGAGUUAUUUCUUCGUCGAUCUCCUGAAACUUUAUGUCCUGUUAUAGCAGUUUUUAAACGUGUGUUGUGUUGGAGAGAUUCACAAAUGAAUGAAAAUGAAAAAAAUAUCAAGAUUCCCGAAAAUUGUGUUAGCAGAAAAGUUAUUUUUGAAGAUGAUGAAAUUGAGAUGGAUGAUGAAUUUGGAAUAAGCCUAGUUAAAACUAAAGUUAUUGAAGUCUUGCAAACUCAAUGGCAAAUGAUUGUAUUAAAAUUUAUUAGGUAUAUGUCAUCUUUUGACCACUGUACAGAUCUUAGUAAUGAACAAUUCAAUCAUAAAAUGGGUCAUAUUGCCAUUAUAGAAUUUAUCAAGUUAUGGACUUCGAUGGUUUCUAUUAAAACUAAUCUGAAUGUUAUGAAUAUCAAAUACUUUUAUGCAGAUUUAGGACAAAUGCUUAUUCUUUUGAGGCGGCCAAAGGUCCAACCGGUAGUUUGGAAGAAUAUUAUAAAUCUUUUCAAUGAAAGUUUAUGUUACACUACCACAUUGGCUGUACAAGGUACCAUGCAAGAAGAACCUUGUAUGUUGGCUAGAGAAUUGGUUAAGGUUGUCAAAACCAAAAAUAUGUUGAAUAACAUGCCGUUCCGAAAAGGUCCUGGAGAAUUUGGAGGAGGAGAAGAAGAUGAAGGAGAUAAAAAAUUAUUACAAGAUACAGUUUUACUAAUUUUAAAAGCAGUGGCUACAAUCAUCAAGGAAACAAAAAAUGAAUCAUCAUCCAGUGAUUCUUCAUCUGAUGAAUCAGAAGAUUCUGAAGAAAUAGAUGCUGAGAUGGCAAUAAUUGAAAGCAGUGUCAAUGAAGUUUUACGGAAACUUGACGCAUGUGUUAAGAAAUGUAUGUCUUAUCUACCUGAAACUCCAAUUGCACAGUGGAUUGUACAGUUAUUUUCUGAUCGCAACGACGUUCUCAUUGAGAGUAUGGUUUGUACCCUUGAUAUCUCUCUGGUAUUAUGUUAUCGUCGUAACUCUUUACCAAUGCUGCGUCAAGUGCUAAAUCCCACUGCUAGUUUAGUUGAAUUCUUACAAACAUUGUCUUAUAAUAAUGAUUUAAACGAAUUGAUAUUAGAUUUAUUGUUGGGUAGUGACACUAGUUUUCUAUUGUACAUCAUGCGAAUGUUGAAAUUCAUAUGCAAUAGGUGGUCAGAGUUUUGUCUUUGUUGUGAUACAAAAUUGCAAAGUACAAUGGCUACAUUGAUGAACUUACAAACAAGUCUUGACCAGCUCAUUAAAAAUAAUUUAACUCCUUACAAUCUUAAUCCAGUUUUACGGUUGUUAGUUAAAUGUAAUGAGUUGUAUUCGGGAGUAGCCGUAAUAAACAUUUAAAUGAUCCCUAUUACGAUAUUAUUUUAACUUAUAAA